AUGCGACCCGAUCUUACCCAGAAACGAGUGGAGAAUGGCUCGAAUAACGGGCACCCAGAGAGGUUCAGAUGGUGCCAUACGAGAAGGGAACUUAUCACAUCCACACACCGGAAGAUUGGACGCCCAGUAAAUUUAGUAACGCCGCUCGAAAUCGGCGUUCACGACACAGACCCUCGGAUUUCUCCUUACUCUUCGGACCCUGUAUCCGGUAGGCGCGAGGAAAACGAGGAUGGGAACGAACAAAAUCAUCAAAUAAUUGCGAAUAAAAACUACGGCGAGAUACAACCUCCGUCCGUGCCGUUCAGUGAACUACACAGAGCAAACGGUGGCGGUGAUCUUCACAAGAAACGCGAAACCCAUUCCGGCAAAAUGGUUUCUCUUCCACCUCAUGUUUCUUGCUCUGAUCGCACCGAAUUACGGGCUGAUGACGCCUCAGAUUCAGAUGACAUGUAUGUCAAACAGCGUUCUCAUUCAGACCUCGAUGAACCAGACAUUUGA